UCCAAUCAGCAACACCAGAAGGAAGAGAGAGAGAUAGGGAUGUUUACAUUUUGAAGCGCAUCCUUCAGUUACAGUCGCUGCCAAAUAUUAGUUAUUGGUUGUUUUGUUUGCGUCAUAUAAUUUAAAAUAUUUUGGGCUGUGUUUUUUUUUCUUUUGCUACGCGCGUCAGCCGAAAUGAUUUGGACGCGGGGGUGAACUUCAGCGUCUUCCUCGCAACGAGCUCCACUUCCACCAACCUGCAAGUGAACCAGAAGGAACACAUUUACAUCCUCGGUUUUGACUUGGUUCUUUCUUUUUUUCCCUCCGUUACCACAUGCUGUUAGCACCGAUUGUUACCAGAGCCAUGUCCAGGAAGAAGACUUUAAAGGGCAAAGCCACCUCCAGGAGUCCCAAAGGGUCGCCAGGUAUGGGCAGGACGGGAAAAGGUCUGGCUGCAGGUGCCUCGCCGACCUCCGGACUGGUUUACCCCAGUAGACCGUCCAUAAGCAGCAGUGGCGAGUUCUACGACAUUGCCUUCAAGGUGAUGCUCGUGGGAGAUUCAGGUGUUGGAAAGACCUGUUUGCUGGUACGUUUCAAAGAUGGAGCCUUUCUAGCUGGUAGCUUCAUCUCCACUGUGGGCAUUGACUUCAGGAAUAAGGUGAUGAGCAUUGAUGCCGUCAAGGUCAAACUGCAGAUUUGGGACACUGCUGGUCAAGAGCGAUUCCGGAGUGUUACACAUGCAUACUACCGUGACGCUCAUGCUCUCCUUCUGCUCUAUGAUGUCACCAACAAAGCAUCGUUUGAUAACAUUCGGGCAUGGUUGACAGAGAUCCACGAGUUCACUCAGCAGGACGUAGUCAUCAUGCUGCUAGGCAACAAGGCCGACUCUAACCAUAACAGGGUGGUGAAACGAGAAGAGGGAGAAAAACUGGCAAAGAUUUUUGCAGGGCAUGACUCUCCAUAG